GAGGAAGAAGGUUAAAAAAAAAAAAAGAAAAGAAAAUUGACCUUUGAGUGCUAAACAGCAGGUGGAGAGCUAAAAACCAGGCAGCUCAGGACUCUUCGUGAGCAACGUCAGGAAAAAUGAAAGUGUCAUUGUUUUGGACAAACAUGGCCCAUCUGGCUCGGCUUUGAGCGCAAACACACACAUGAGAGUUUGUUUGCAAAGCGGCGAGAAGGUAAGGCGUCAGAGUAAUGGAGGGCGAAGAGAAGGCGAGGCAGAGCCGCCUAACGGCCCUUCAGGAGCAGCUGGUCUGGGCCCUGCUCGAGUCGGGCCUGUCGAGGGAGGUCCUGAUCCACGCCGUGGGCGAGCUGGAGCGUGACAGGGCCAACGGCAACGACAAAGGAGAGAGGGGCGACGGGGAGAGCUCCGAGGAGGGAGAGAUGGAUUACCCGCCACAGAUAUUCCGAGAUUUGGACAAGCUUCCGCCAGAGGAGGCGUCCAAACUGAGAGCUGAAGUGGAGCGGCUCCUGCAAGAGGACCCCUGGCAUGUUGCAAAAAUGGUGAAAAGCUACAUGCAGCAGCACAAUCUGCCUCAGAGAGAAGUGGUGGAGUCUACAGGACUCAACCAGUCGCACCUCUCUCAGCAUCUCAACAAAGGCACGCCCAUGAAGAACCAGAAGAGAGCCGCACUUUACAGUUGGUAUGUCAAGAAGCAGUGUGAAAUCAGCCAACGUGAGUACAUAGCCGCAAAGACCGCGUUCACAAGGUUGCGUAAGAGUGUAAGUGUAAGAGGAUCUUACCUUUACCUGCUAGAGUUCACCAAUGCCAAACAUGGCUUCAUGUCUGUGGAGGAGCCAGGCGAAGACACCAGGAAGGGUCGGAGGAACAGGUUCAAAUGGGGACCAGCAUCCCUGCAGAUCCUUUUCCAUGCGUACGAACGACAGAAGAACCCCAGCAAGGAGGAGAGGGAAGGCUUGGUGGAGGAGUGUAACAGGGCAGAGUGUCUGCAGAGGGGAGUGUCCCCCUCCCAGCUUGCAGGCCUGGGCUCCAACCUGGUCACUGAAGUUAGGGUCUACAACUGGUUUGCCAACCGCCGAAAAGAGGAAGCCUUCCGACACAAGCUGGCUCUCGACACACCUUUCACCGGCCAAUCUGUUUCUUCGUCCAACCCCAACCUUCCUUCAAGUCCAGAGCUCAGUGUCAAAUACAGCCAUCAAAUCCCAUGUGACACCUUGAAUUCAGUCAGAGGUACUGGAGGUGAAAGUGUUGGCCGCCUUGGAGUGAGUCCUGUCCAACUGGAGCCUAGCCACACACUCCUUGAGAGCCACCAACCCAAACUGGAAUCUAGUGGAGGACCACUGCCCCCUGUGAGCACUCUGACCUCACUGCACAAUAUGUCCUCCUCCUCUGCAUCAUCACAAGGCCUCAUCAUGGCCUCUUUGCCCAGCGUCAUGAGUUUAGGAGAAUCCUCCCUUCUCAUUGGUCUGGCCUCAGCACAACCUCAAACCGUACCAGUCAUCAACAACAUGGGAGGCGGGUUCACCACACUGCAGCCAAUCUCCUUCCAACAGCAGCUUCAUGCCCCUGGCCAGCAGCUAAUGCCGCAGCAGCUCCAGAGUCACAUGGGUGCCGGUUCUUAUUUGCUACCAAGUCACAUGUAUAACAAGAUGGAUUCGCUUCAGUACCCUUCAUCAAGUCUGCUGUCUCAGGCCAUGGUCAUUACGGACAGCCUGGGGACAUUGACUAGCCUCACAUCCGUCAGACAGAUUCUAUCUACAGAUCCUGAGGAACAGACAGACCCUUCAUUGCAGGACAAUUCUUUGCACCUGCAGCCCCAAACACCUGUACCAGCAUCGAGCCAGAGCCCAGAGAUAUAUCCUGCCUCCCAACCAGAGAGCCACCAGUCGCACCUCCUGUCGCCUUCACCAGCAGACAUUAACUCCUACAUUCCAACACAAAUGGUCUCCACUGCACAGUAGGAGAGUUCCAGCAGCCCUUGACCCCACCUUUCUGGUGGCCUCUGACUUCACUUCAGCAAGUUCUGAUGAGGCCACAAGAAGAUAAAAAGUUUAUAAGUGGACACAGAUAUUACAUGAACAAGGAUCACCGUUGGAAAUUAUUUGUUUUUUUUAUACAAACAGAAAAUGAAUGAAAGAAAUUACAUCAGAACAUAUUUAAAUACUUUUUUGUAACCUUGGCAAAUUGUAUUUUGACUUAGAGCUUGUAAACCCAACAUGACAUGCAUUUUAGACCUAUUUCUAACAUUGUUUUUGUGAAAUGUAUACAAAAUAGUAUUAAAGGGCUUGUAAUGACAUUUUUUUUUACUGUUGAUGAUGAGUAAAGAUAUAAACCUGA